GACGUAGUUAAGCUCGUAGCAGCACCAUUUGUUUUUUUUUGUUUUUCUCUUAUAUCAAUAUUUCUACAAAUGUUUUGACAAGUAGUUUAUUAUUUUAUCGUAUCGAGUUCAUUUUGUUUACAAUUCACUUAAAAUAUACAUUAAUUAUUAUUAUUAAAUAAAAGGUAAAGAUUUUUGCUAUUUCCAAUAUAAUUCCCCUCACUUUCACGACACAUUUUUUUUAAGAUAUAUUUGAGAUGGAAGAAUUUUAUCAUUCAAUAAGUAAGGCAAUCAACAUUGAUGUUGACCGCGAGGAGUAUACCAAAUUAUAUGAUUUUGUAAGGCAAUCUAUCAUAAACGGCCUCAAAGAAAAUGAAAUUUUCAAAGCUCUUUUUGCAGAUUUAAGUUUAUGCGGAAGUUACGCUGACAAUUUAAAAGUAACCAAGCCUAACGAAUUUGAUCUGGUAGUGAGACUUGAAUUUCCUUUCCCUGACGACGUCCAUCUAGAAGAAGAUCCAUUAAAUGGCGGAAAUGUGUGGAUAAACUUGGUCAGCGUUAUUCAUAAAGUUGACACUCAAAAUCCACGAAGAGAAUUUUUGUAUAAAUUUUUAAAACACAUCACAAACGACAGUGGCUAUUUAUUACUUGACAAAUUCCAAAGUUGGUUUGAAGGAACCUUAACUAAAUAUUUAAUUAAAAUUAGCCAUACGCUAACAUACAAUUAUGAGAAAAUACUAUUAAGAUACAAAAAACAAGGACCAGCUCAUACAAUUACCGUUAGAAGUUGUAGCUAUGAUGAAAUAUCAAUUGAUUUUGUUCCAGGAUUUCGAUUUUCGAAAUCACAAUCAGUAUCUCCAUUUAGUGAAUUGAUUGAAGAAUGUGACACUUGGGAGGCUAUUCCUAAGCCAGCUAUUGGAAAAUCUAGCAAUCCAUCGUUUCAAUGUUCGUACACGGAAUCGGAGAGAAGACUUUUAACGGGAAGAAAUCAAUUUAAGAAUGCUUUGCGAAUGAUGAAGAAAUUUCGAGAUAUGAAUCCGGGAUUGGUCAAUUUGAAAAGUUAUUAUAUUAAAACAUUGUUUUUGUGGCACAGUCAAUUGUAUGAGCAAAAUUACUGGAACAAUCCAAAUGAAUCGAUUAUGGAUGAUAUGUUCGAAGCACUUGAAACAGCAUUAAAGAAAAGGGAGAUCAAAUUUUUUUGGGAUAAAGAAGUAAAUCUUUUACGAUUCUUAUCAAAUAAUCAAAUCGAUGUCAUGUAUCACGAAGUUCGAAAUGCGAGAAAAAUUAUAUCAAAACGCUCUGAGAGUCAAGAUCUACAAAAUAUCAAAGAUCUUUUCCUAACCAAAGAAGAACAAAAUGUUAUGCCUCAACAACUUGAAAUGGAAAUUGAAAAGAAUUUUUGGGAAAUUGCAAAAGAAAAAGUUGCAGCUGCAACUCCCUAUCUUCCUUGGGUUGCAGGUGCUGCAGCGGGAGCAGUCAUCCUUGGUGCUGUAUUUUUUGGCAGGAAUAGAAAUAAUAAUAAUUAAGACUAUAAAUCUUACUUAUACAAUAUAAAUGAUCCACACUAUUUGUGAUUGUACCAAUAUACCUAAUAUUGUAGGUACCUAUCAGUUUGCCUUGCGACGCUUCUGGUAAAAGUUUUUAAUAUUAUAUUGAAAACAUAAUAAUAAUAAUUUUAUAUUGAAAACAGAGCAAAUAAAAUAAAUAAAAUGUUUUAUGUAUAUUUAUGUAUACUCAUAUUAAUUAAUUAAUUUACUUAAUUCAUUAUUUUAAUUUUAAAUAUUAUUUUAAUGUAUUUUUUCACUAUAUAAACAAAUAAAGUUAAAUAUUUAAAACUAA